GUCGUUGUCCCGCGCGACGAGCACGACGUCGAGCUCAUCAUUCACCACGUUUCCCCCGUCCACGAGACGCUAACUUAUUCCACCAUCUCGUCUGCAGAGGCGCGAUCGACCGAGACACACCGCGACUACGAGUCCGCGACGCCGCGCACCGACACCGGUGACGUCCGAGUCGACGACGGCUUUCAUCUCCGGCCUGCCUGACAUCGAAGCGGAAGACGUGCGAGACGGACGCCGCGUGCAGAGCACGGGCCUUGACGCGCUCACUGACGGUCUGCGCUAACAAAACGCGAGAUCCACCUAUCGACGCGUCGCAUCUGCCCAUCUCCGCCCUUCUCUCCAUCCCCAAGACCCCUCCCACAGACCCAGCAUGCCAUCUAACGGCGGCAAGUCCCACACGACGCCGCAGAAGCUGCCCAAGCUCUUCCACAAGAACCGCGACCGGUCCAAGUCCCUCUCCGCCGAGGCCACCGUCAGCACCACUCGCGCGUCCCCCACUCCCCUUGAUACUACCCCUCCCCCAAAUGCCGGCCUCGAAUCAGGCGAACCCACACCCCGUCCCGCGGACGUGGGCUCCCUCGCCCUCUCCGACGAGGACUUAGCAGACGCAGACACGGACGACUCGCCUGUCAUCAUCGAGUCCGCGCCCUCGCCCCCACCCAUACCCCGCCCGCGCACGAUGACGCGCGCAGAACGGCCGCGCUCCGACUUCCAGCCCGCCACUUCCCCGCCGAUCCCCGUCUACGCGAGUGCCUCGUACGCCCCAGGCACUACCUACGCGCACGCGAACAGCCUGUACGCAUCCACAUCAAGCACUGGCUCUCGCCUGUCCGUCACGGACCUCCCCUCACGCCUCUCCGGCUGGUUCUCGCACAUGACGUCCUCGUCCUCGGCUUCGCCGCCGCAGGUGCUUGUCUCCCCGAGCAAGGCCUCGCCCUCGAAGCGCGGAAUUCUGAGCAACAACGCCCUCAUGACUGCCGCGCGCCAUGGGAAGAGCUCGCUCGACAAGGCGAUGCGAUUCCUGCUCGACAGCGAUGCGAAGCCGGACGGGUGCACCGAGGACAUCUGGAUCAUGGGCAUUCAACACCCGGGUUUCCCGCCCGUCGAGGGGCUCGCGCCCAUCUCUGACUUUGGGGAGCGGCCGUCUGACCUCGCUGCGCGCCCCCCGAACUCGCGCACGACGAGCAGCGACCGCCUGUCCCCCGUCGAGGCGCAGUUUAAGCAACCCCCUGCCUCACCUAAGGAGAAGGAGAAGCGCUCGUCCAUCAUUCGGUCGGCAACCAAACGACGCUCGCCGACGAUCUCUGGCGCCAUUGGAGGCACUGGGUCCCCUCCGUCUUCCUUUCAUGCACCAGCGUCACCAACGCGGGGCUCAAUACUGGGCAUCUCGCCCUCGGCGCACGCGUCGACACCCUCCCUACAGCCGUCCGCUUCUGCGUCCUCUGUUGUGCUUGCUGGCGGCAUCGCUCUAAGUGUCGACCCUACUUUAUCACCGACUUCUAUAGAAGCCAUUGCUGCCGCAUCGGGAUGGCCGCAGGAGUUCUUCAGCGAUUUCGCAAGUCGAUUAUGGCUCACCUACCGCUCCGGCUUCGCCCCGAUCCGCGACAUGGCGCUCGAGGAGCUCGAGCCCGUGCGGGGUGUAGAGGACCUGGUCGCUGCGAUGGAGGCAUUCUUGGAGGCGGAGGAGAUGAAUGGCCACGAUCUGGAUCUGAACGCCACGCUCGGGAGGAGCGCGUCGGGCUCGAGCCGCGGCGUGCCAGACGGGAGGCGGGGAUCCCUUCAGGAUUCGACGCGCUCUUCGUACGAUCCGGGGCGCGGCAUCUAUGUGAACCCGCUUCCAGACGUCGUGCGCGCGGACGACGCGGCGGAUACACCGUUUACGGAUGUCGACGAUGGACCCUCAUAUCCAACGGGGAGCAUGAAGCGGUGGUGGAAGGGGAAGGAGGCGAUCGGGGCGGGGGCGGCGACCGAUACGGAGGUACUGGGGAGACGGAGCGUGAAGCGGACGAGUCCGGCAGGGAAGGAGAAGGAACCGUCGAAGGGGGCGCUGUCGACGUUGACCAGUGCACUCACGGGCAGGCGCGGACUGACGAGCGAUGCGGGGUGGGGAUGUAUGCUGAGGACGGGGCAGAGCUUGUUGGCGAAUGCGCUCGUGGUCGCGUGGAUGGGCAGAGACUGGCGCCGACCAGAUGCGGACGCGAUCCUCGGUCGCGGGCUCCCCUUCACCUUACCAUCCCCCACUCCCGACGCAGAGCCUCGCGCACCUUCUACCGACGCCCGCAAGUCCCUCGAUCAUCAUCAUUCUCGUCAAGGCGUCGAGUACCGCCGCGGCGUCGAUCACCGCCACUACCGAGAAGCGCCCCUCUCCGUGCAUGACCUACAGCCACCACCGGACGUGCGGCCCCCGCCCGACCGUCCCGCACUCGCCCUCACGCCCGAACACCAAAGCCUCGCGCUCUAUAUCCACCUCAUCUCGCUCUUCCUUGAUUCUCCCUCGCCGUCCGCGCCGUUCAGCGUGCAUCGCAUGGCGCUGGCGGGGCGGGCUCUAGGGAAGGAUGUCGGGCAGUGGUUCGGGCCGAGCACCGCUGCUGGGGCGAUCAAGGCGCUUGUCAAUGCGUACCCGGACGCGGGGCUGGGCGUGGCGAUUGCGGAGGAUGGGGUGGUGUACCAGACGCAGGUGUUUGGCGCGAGCCACUCGCCUCGGCUGGUGCAGCAGGAGAAGGCGUACGCGUCGCAGCCGCACUCGCCCCACUCGACGAUGAAGUCGCAUAAGCAGCCCGUUCCGGGGGCGCAUGGGCAUCACCAUCGCGGGCAGUCUUCGUCGCACAGCCACUCGCCGUCGUCGUCCUACGGCCACGCGCCGAGCUCGUUCAACCGCCAGCAGCCCUUCUCGACCGGAUCCUCCGCCUCUUCCCGCUCGUCGCACCAGCUCAGUCCCUCGGCUUCGUCGUACACUUCGUCUCGCACGUCCUUCACGGGCACGUCUGUGAUGUCGGGUGGCAGCCAGCGCGGCACGAACAAGCGGCGUGAGCGGCGCGACGACACGUCCUCGCAGGCGUCGAAGCGACGGCAGAAGGAGCGCGAGCGCGAGUGGGGCGAUCAGCCGGUGCUCGUGCUGCUGGGUAUCCGACUGGGCUUGGAUGGCGUGAAUCCGAUAUACUAUGAUACCAUCAAGCAACUCUACACGUUCCCGCAGUCCCUGGGCAUCGCGGGCGGGCGGCCGAGCAGCUCGUACUACUUCGUGGGCGCGCAGGCGGGGGAUCUGUUCUAUCUGGAUCCGCAUCAUGCGCGGCCGACGGUGCCGCUGCGCGAGGUGGGGGAGGUGAAGAUCUCGGCGACACCUCCGGCUACGCAAACGGCGGAGGCUGUGGACUCCCAGGAUGCGCUAGCGCCUCCGAAGGAAGGCCUGACUAGGUCAGCGACGACGGCGGACAAGAAGCGCAGCAAGAAGGAGAAGCGGCUCUCGUUCGACACGGAUGUCGAGAAGAGCGAUGCGGGCGGGAAGGUGUCCAAGCACAAGCGUCGGCACUCGCAGCAUCUCGCGGCUGCCCUCGCGAAUGCCUCCGCGGCGUCGUCGGCGUCGUCAACGUCCUUCCCUGAUGAGCCUACGCCUGUGGCGGCACCUCUUCCGCCGCCCUUCAUCCCGCGGGAGCCGGUGGAUGUGCCGCUCCCACCGCAUAGCACGGCGCCGACGUUGCCGCCGGCGUUGGCGGCGCAUUAUCUCGCUGGGUAUACUGCAGCUGAGACGCGCACAUUCCACUGCGAGCGUGUGCGCAAGAUGCCGAUGAGUGGGCUCGACCCGAGCAUGCUCAUUGGUUUCCUUUGCAAGGAUAGGGCAGAUUGGGAGGACUGGCGCACUCGAGUCUCAAAGCUACCCAAGGCUAUCUUCGCCGUGCAGGACGAGCCGCCGAAUUGGAUGCCGUCGGACGUUGAGUCCAUGUCGGACGAGCUCAUCUACGACGACGAUGAGAGCGAGAUGACCGACGAAGAGGGAGAGGGUGCCGAGUUCGAGGGCGAGGCUGCGACGAACCCGGUCAAGCCCAAGAUUGACGCUCGUCGUCUGUCGGAGGAUCUUCCGCUGGAUGACAACGACAACGACAGCGAGGCUACUUCGACUUCGCGAACGGAAGACGAGGACAAUGUGGACCCAGUCACGCCAGGUCCACACGAUACGCGCUUCGCCAUACCGGAGCCGCAGGGCAGGGCGAAGGAUAUCUGCGACGACAUGACCAUCGACGAUCUUGGUGGCCCGGGUGACAUUGCAGACGACUGGGUCGAGCCUUCCCCACCACCGACGCGACACUCCUCCACCACCUCGCCAUCCCAGUCGUCCCCUCCUGUUGCAUCUCCGCCCUCGAUUGCCAGUGCACCAUCGUCAGCAUCGUCGUCAUCUCCGCCGCCGUUGUUGGCGAAGAAGAAGACGAAGCGUAAGGACAAGAGCAAGGCGGUCCCGGUCCCUCGGGUGACCAUCCCGUCUGACUCUGCUCCUGUCGCCUUCCCCCGCUCUGACGCCAAGGGAGAAGAGGACGAUUGGGCGGAGAACGACGAGGUGUACUAUAGCGCACGCGACAACGAGCGCAGCGACGACGCCUUCGUCAACGUCCACGUCAAGCCGAAGGAGCGUCGAAUGCACACCGCCCGUGCGCGUGACGGUGGGCGUACUCAGAGCGGAGGCGUACGCGGUAUCAUGACCGAGUCCUCCUCGUGAGCCAUAUUACCCUUCAUGUAAUCCUUUCUGUUGUUGUCCAAUAUCCGCGUCGACGUUCCAUGGGCGCGUCGCGCGGCACGACUUUCUACUUAUCUUAUGUUUCCAAGGCGGCGGAGUCCGUUCUGUUUUUCGUUCUGGUUGUUCAUGUUGACGUAUACUCUUACCAUCUUACCUGUUCCCCAUGCCCCGCUCACUGCCCUACGCGUCAAGACUCUACGCAAUAGUGUAUAUGUGUAUAUAUGCCAUGAUCAGCUCAAUUUCUAGGUACAUUCUAGAUACCCAACCAAUGCAUACCUGUUCUGUGUCACCU